GGAUGAUACCGUAAUUAGGUUACACACUCCCGGCUUCUAUCCAGACUCUUCCACUCAAGCCCCAAACAAACAAUGGAGAGAGACAUUCACGCUGCCCUUGUACCGUUUGUCGCAUUCGGCCACUUAAUUCCAUUUUACGAGCUCUCCAUCGCCUUAGCCAAAGCCGGUAUUCAUGUCUCCUUCAUCUCUACCCGAAACAACAUUCAGAGACUCCCUCCACUCCCUCCCCAUUUGUCAUCCCUCAUCACCUUCGUCCCCCUUUCGUGGUCGACGGUGGGCACGAACCUUCUCCCAGAAGGUAUCGAGGCCACCGCCGACAUCCUCCCCGACAAUUUCGAGCACUUAAUGGCCGCCUUCGAUCUCCUCAAACACCCCUUUAAGCAAUUCGUUAUUGAACAAUCACCCGAUUGGAUCAUCUCCGACUUCGUUUCUUACUGGACUGUUGAUGUAGCCAAGGAGUGCCAUAUCCCUCUCGUCAUCUUCUCUGCUUGCUCUGCCGCCACCAAUGUGUUCUUCGGCCCACCAGAAUAUUUAUCCGGUAAUGGCCAGAGAAGACUGAGGUCGUCGCCGGAGGACUUGACGUCGCCGCCGUGGUGGGUCAGUUGCCGAUCAUCGGUACAUUAUCGUCGUUAUGAAGCAAUCGGAGUCAUUGCUGGGUUCUACACAGCAAACGCCUCGGGAAUUUCGGUUGCCGAGCGAGUCGCUAGAACACUUGAUGGGUGUCGAGCUGUGACGAUUCGUAGUUGCAGAGAGUUUGAAGGUGAGUAUUUUGAUUUGUUCGGGAAGAUCAUGGGUAAUAAGAGGGUGAUUCCGACUGGCGUACUUUUGCCGGAAAAACCCAAAAAAACACCCACCGCCGCCGCGCAUAACGGGGAGUGGAGUAAGAUCUUCGAAUGGCUCGACGAACAGAAACCCAAUUCGGUGGUGUUUGUUGGGUUCGGAAGCGAGUGUAAAUUCUCCAGAGACCAAGUUUACGAGAUAGCCUCUGGGUUGGAGUCAUCGGAACUGCCAUUUUUGUGGGCUCUGAGAAAACCCAGUUGGGCUUCCGACGAUCUCGACACUAUGCCGCCGGAUUUCGGUCGCCGGACCUCCGGUAGAGGCAAAGUCUCAAUCGGAUGGGCACCGCAGAUCGAGAUUCUGGCUCACCCAUCAAUCGGAGGAUCGUUGGUUCACGCCGGUUGGGGUUCAGUGGUCGAAUCAUUACGAUUCGGGCAUUGUAUGGUUGUUUUGCCUCUGAUCGCCGAUCAGCCAUUGAACGCGAGGUUGUUGGUGGAGAAAGGUUUGGCGAUUGAAGUGGAGAGAGGUGAAGAUGGGUCGUUUUGCGGGAAUAACAUAGCUCUCUGUCUGAGAAAAUCUAUGGCUUCCAAGGAAGGAGACGAAAUGAGGACUCGGGUAGAGAAAGCUGCUGUGAUUUUCAGGGAUCAAAAGCUGCAUCAUCAGUACGUUGAUGAGUUUGUUGAGUAUCUGAAAAAUGGGAAGUGAGAUUUGGGUUUUUAAAGGUAAAUAAAUGGACUGUUAGUUUGAGUAGAUUGAAUGUUGUGGAGAUAAUGAGAAAAACAAUGAAAAAUGGAGUGUGAUUUGGGCGUUUAAAGGUAAAUAAAUGAACUGUUAGUUUGUGUGGAAUGAAUGUUGUGAAUAAUGAGGAAGACAAUUCCAACACAAUUUUUUCUUCUAUUUUUAGAUGAAAAAUCUUGGUCUCCAAUUUUUU